CGUCUAGAGUAUAAAUUUGCUAUAAUCUUUCGAUUCUUCUCCAAAUUGUAUAAUGCGGGCCCUAAUCACGACAGAGCGCUUCCUGAGCACACCCACGCAGUACAACGGCAAUUCUCGUAAUUACGGCAAACAGAAUAACAAUGUGCACGCAAGGCCUAUAAGGACUCAGCCCAAAAAUGAACGGAGCCUCGUUGCAAAACUCUUUUUCUAUGUGAAAUCAUGGGCAAAACAAUUUCAAUUCCUACCAACUUUAAUUUCACCUAAGCAUAACGUCAAGCAACAGCAAACGGAGCCUAUGAGAUUAGCGAACGUCAAGCAACUGCAAACGGAGCCUAAGAGAUUGCCCAAAAUAAAAAAAAAAUCAAUUACCAAAAAUCAAUCAACAAAUCGAGUUAGUAAAGCGACCCGAACUCCCAAAUUUGUAGAUAUACAGAGAGCAGAGGCCGAUAUCUUCUCCCGCCUACAAAUACCAACAUGUAUCUGUGCACCGGCACAAGCUUAUCCAGUGAACCCAACAAAAACUGGCCCUGUGGUGCUGCCUUAUCUGAAAUAUCAAUUACCCAAUUAUCCGGUUAUACCGCUGCAGCUGACUCUCAAUCGUUAUUUAAACAGCCUAAAACCGCUUUUCAAGGAGAAGGACCUUGAAAAAGAGCAGAUGCUGACACGCGACUUUCUGAACAACAAGGGAUGUGAACUGCAAAAGCUGCUUCAGGAAGCCGGACAAGCCGAUGACAAUUGGCUCACCGAACGCUGGACAAAGGUCACCUACUUGCGACAUCGUUCACCGUUAACUGUCUAUUCCAGUCCUUGCAUAGCGUUUCCUAGACAACAAUUUCGUAGUACUUUUGAAUUUUUGGACUUCACGGCCAAGGCCAUAUAUGCCAUGUGCGAGUUCAAUAGUCUGGUGGAGAACAAUCAAAUACCCGUUUGCAGAUUGGGAUACUUUGAGCUGGAUAACAGUCAACUGCACCAAGUAUUUGGCACGGUCCGCACACCGCAACGCGAGAGCGAUGUCCUGCAACAGUUCGGAUCCAACUAUAUUGUUGUCAUACACAACAAUAAUUUCUACAAACUACCUGUUUACAGCACGGAGCAAAAAGAUGUGUACAACGUAUUUCAGAUCAGAAAGCAAUUGGUGGAACUUAUUAAUUCAGGGCAUGCCAAGGGACCAGCAAUUGGCCUGCUCACCCACGACACACGUAACAACUGGGCCGAAGGCCGUGAAUUGCUUUGCCGCAAAGAUCUGGACGCCUAUGCGAUUCAGUGCAUCGAACAGGCGCUCUUCACAGUCUCCCUGGACGAAUAUCUUGAGGUACCUGAAGACCAGGAGCGUUCCAUGCUGGCUGCUCAGCUUUUGCAUGGCGGCGGCUUGCAUAUAAAUAGUGCCAAUCGUUGGAUGGACAAGACCCUGCAGCUGAUUGUCAAUCCCAACGGCAUGGCCGGUCUGUGCUGUGAGCUUGCGGCCGCGGAACCGUAUCCGGCGGCCAGCAUUAUGGACUAUAUAUUAAAGAACAUUGUUAACCCGGAAUAUGGAAUGGUCUCCCACACCACGGACCCAGGUGACCUGGUGGAAUACAUUAGUUUUGAAGAAGUCGACGAGUGCAUCGGUUGCUGGUUGACGGCGGCGAAGCAUAACAUAAAAAAAAUCACUAGACGUUUGAAGCUGCAUGCAUUCCAGUUCGAUUGCUACGGCACGAGUCUCAUCAAUUCCCAAGGCCUUGCACCAGAUAGCUUUGUGCAGAUGGCACUGCAGCUGGCCUUUUAUAGGCAGCACAAGAAGCUGCCCGUACAGCACGAGUCGGCACAUUUGCGCAUCUUUAAAAGGGGACGCAGCGAAGUCGUACGUUCAACUUCUAAAGAAUCUUCGAAUUUUGUGCAUACCAUGGUUUCGGGCAAAGCCACAUCUAGCGCUUCCUGGUUGGCAAUGCGCGCCGCAGUGGACUCUCAUCAGCAUCAGACAAUGCUGGCGCAUCAGGGACGUGGCGUGGAUCGCCAUUUGUUCGGCCUGGAACAGAUGGCAAUUGAACAGGGCAAGCCCUUGCCCUACUUUUUUAGCACCGCAGGUUAUCAGAGAUCGAAAAAUUUUGGCAUAGUCAGCUCCCACCUUACGACCCCACAUGACUGUUUCAUGGCCUACGGCCCACUCAACUCGGAGGGCUAUGGCUGCUGUUAUAAUUUGCGCGAGAAUGAUAUAACCUUUGCCAUUUCUGGCUGGGAUGGAAAUCCUGAUAUUUCGGUCGCGCGUUACUGCACGGCAAUUGAAUCGGCUCUAACCGAAAUGGGGCAUCUCAGGAAAAGGCGCAGCUCUAGUUCCACGGCCAAGGAUGUCGGUAACGGCAUGCAGCACAAGAAAUAGUUAAAGUUUAAUUUUAAUAUUUAUUAAUUGUACCUAAAGUUUGAAAUAACUUAAGUGUGGCUCAGGCAUAAAAUUUAAA